CGUCCCGAACUAGUUCCUCGGGAAGAAGCUAGAGGACAAGUACCCUCAGCUCAUUCCGAUCUAUCUGCUGGUCAACAUUAUUGUUUUUAUCACCAUAUCCCAACCCUGAAAGUUCUCUGCAAAUGGACGGCCAGGAAGAGUUUCUCAAGGAAUUCGGUGACUUUUACGGCUACCCCAACGCCCCUAAGUCCAUCGACGAAAUUCGUUCCACCGAGUUCAAGCGAUUAGAAGAUACUGUGUAUUUGGAUCAUGCUGGAGCAACCCUUUACUCCGAGUUGCAGAUGGAAGCUAUCUUUAAAGAUCUUACGACUACUGUUUAUGGAAAUCCUCAUAGCCAAAGUGAUUCUAGUUCAGCCACUAGUGACAUUGUAAGGGAAGCACGCAGACAGGUCCUCGAUUACUGCAAUGCUUCUCAAAAGGAUUAUAAAUGUAUAUUCACUUCUGGGGCAACAGCUGCAUUGAAACUCAUAGGGGAGAACUUUCCCUGGAGCUGUAAGAGCACCUUUAUGUACACAAUGGAAAAUCAUAAUAGCGUACUUGGUCUUAGAGAAUAUGCUCUCAAUGAAGGAGCUGCAGCCUUUGCAGUUGAUAUAAAUGAGGCUGUGGAUCAGGAUGGAGCAUCUAGAAGCUCUCUGACUUCAUUUAAGGUGUUACAGCAUCCAGUGCAGAUAAGAAAUGAAGCAAAAAUUUUGGAAGGGGAGCUUACAGGCGAUGCUUACAAUUUAUUUGCCUUCCCCUCAGAGUGCAAUUUCUCUGGAAUGAGAUUUAGCCUUGAUUUGGUGAAUAAUGUUAAGCAAAAUGCAGAAAAAAUUUUGGAAGGCUCUCCAUGUUCAAAGGGACAUUGGAUGGUCUUAAUCGAUGCUGCAAAGGGCUUUGCAACACAACCUCCCGAUUUGUCACUUUAUCCUGCAGAUUUUGUUGUAAUCUCUUUUUAUAAGUUGUUUGGCUAUCCAACUGGACUUGGUGCUCUCAUAAUUCGAAAUGAUGCUGCUAAGUUAUUGAAGAAGACCUAUUUCAGUGGAGGUUUGUACUUAGAAGUCUUAUUGAUGGAUAUAUUUAAUGUAGUUGUUUUAUUAACUAUAAGUUUUACAGGCACUGUUGCUGCUUCAAUUGCUGACAUUGACUUUGUUAGAAGAAGAGAAGGUGUUGAGGAGCAGUUUGAGGAUGGCACCAUUUCAUUUCUUAGCAUAGCAUCUAUUCGUCAUGGAUUUAAGAUAUUCAAUACCCUCACUACAUCUGCAAUGUGCUGGCAUACUAUGUCACUUACCAAGUUUUUGAAGAGGAAGCUCCUAGCUUUGCGACAUGAAAAUGGAGAAAGUGUCUGCACUCUUUAUGGCAAUUGUCCUCUGAAGGUUUCUAGGCAUGACUGUGGCUCUAUUGUCUCGUUUAACCUGAAAAGGCCAGAUGGCUCUUGGUUUGGACAUCGGGAGGUGGAAAAAUUGGCAUCCUUAUAUGGAAUUCAGUUACGGACAGGAUGCUUUUGCAAUCCUGGUGCUUGUGCAAAAUAUCUUGGCUUAUCUCACUCAGAUCUUCUUUCUAACUUAGAGGCUGGGCAUGUUUGCUGGGAUGACAAUGAUGUAAUAAAUGGAAAACCAACUGGAGCGGUUAGAGUAUCUUUUGGUUACAUGUCAACUUAUGAAGAUGCUAAGAAAUUUAUUGAUUUUAUAAGAAGUUCCUUCAUAUCCAUGCCAAGUGAGUUUGAGAAACGGUACUUGCUGAGAUCAAAGUCAAUUCCAUGUCCAACUGAAGGCUUUGAAGAUCGACUACCAAGUUCUGCUUGCCACCUUAAGUCUAUAACCAUCUAUCCAAUAAAAUCAUGCGCAGGGUUCAGUGUGAAUAGUUGGCCUCUGAGCAAUACUGGUUUGCAGUAUGAUCGAGAAUGGCUUCUUAAAAGCUUGACCGGUGAAAUUCUUACACAAAAGAAGGUUCCUGAAAUGUUCCUCAUUAAAACCUUCAUUAACCUCAAUCAGCAGAUAUUGUCUGUAGAGUCACCCUAUUGCAAAAGGAAAUUGCAGAUCAAGCUAGACUCCGAUUCAUAUCUUCCUGGGAGAGAAGAGUUUUAUUUACAGAACCAAAGAUAUGAAGUCCAAUGUUAUGAAAAUGAAAUCAACCAAUGGUUCAGUGAUGCUGUUGGUCAACCUUGUACUUUAGUGCGCUGUUGCCAGUCCGAGUAUUGCUUCUCUUUGAACAAGAACAGAAGUAUGGGUAUGUGCAGAGAUGUGAACGGUAAGUUGAAUUUCGCAAAUGAAGCUCAGUUCCUACUGAUUUCCGAGGAGAGCGUGUCCGACCUCAACAACAGACUAUGCUCAAAAACUCAAAAACUCUCUUGUGGUGCCCCACCUAACGUCAACCCGAUGAGAUUUCGGCCCAAUCUUGUCAUAUCUGGAGGUGAACCAUAUGCUGAAGAUGGAUGGAGAAAUCUUAGAAUUGGGAACACAUAUUUUAGUUCAUUAGGUGGUUGCAACCGUUGCCAGAUGAUCAAUUUUUAUCAGCAAACAGGACAAGUUAAGAAGACAAAUGAACCUUUGGCAACUCUAGCAUCAUACAGGAGAGUAAAGGGGAAGAUUUUGUUUGGGAUAUUGCUGAGGUACGAUCCUGGUAAUAAGGCUAGGUUGGAUACAAAUUCAUGGCUUAAGGUAGGAGAUGAAGUUCAUUCAAAUUCGGAAUAACAGGUGUUAAAACAAAAACAAGAACAUAAUAGAAGCACGUAUAGGGAAUAUUGCAUACUCCGAAUACGGUGGCAUACAUAUUCCUACAUAACACGACCACGGGCCAGACAGGAUGAAAACAAUUUUUUGUUAUUCCAUUCCUAGCAAAGAAAUAAAUGUCAAAUGACGAAUGGUAUACAGAUAUCUUGAUUACAAUAUUGAAACAAAGGCUGUUGCUUUAUUUGAUGCAAGUCGUCUGAAAUACUUAAUGUUCCAGCCAACUCUGGAGUACGUUGCUGUUCAAAGUGUAUUAUAUAUAAAAAUAAUAUUACAUUGAUUUACAUGUAGCAAAA